AUGAUGGAGGUAAAACAAGAAGAAGAUAAACUUAAAUUCAUAAGUGAAAUGAAACAUUUAACAUCACUUGAUAUUGCUGACAAUCAAAUUGGUGAUGAGGGAUCUAAAUUCAUAAGUGGAAUGAAACAUUUAACAUCACUUAAUAUAGAUCGCAAUCAAAUUGGUGUAGAAGGAGCCAAACUCAUAAGUGGAAUGAAAUCAUUAAUAUCACUUAGUAUUGGUGAUAAUCAAAUUGGUGUAGAAGGAGCCAAACUCAUAAGUGGAAUGAAACAUUUAACAUCACUUGAUAUAAAUCGCAAUCAAAUUGGUGUAGAAGGAGCCAAAUCAAUAAGUAGAAUGAAACAAUUAACAUCACUUAAUAUAUAUUACAAUCAAAUUGGUGCUGAGGGAGCCAAAUCAAUAAGUGGAAUGAAACAAUUAACAUCACUUGAUAUUGGUGGAAAUCAAAUUGGUGUAGAAGAAUCCAAAUACAUAAGUGAAAUGAAACAAUUAACAUCACUUGAUAUAUAUAACAAUCAAAUUGGUGUAGAAGGAGCCAAAUCAAUAAGUGGAAUGAAACAAUUAACAUCACUUAAUAUUGGUUUCAAUCGAAUUGGUGUAGAAGGAUCCAAACUCAUAAGUGAAAUGAAACAAUUAACAUCACUUAAUAUUGGUUCCAAUGAAAUUGGUGUAGAAGGGUCCAAAUUCAUACCUGAAAUGAAACAUUUAACAUCACUUAAUAUAUAUUACAAUGAAAUUGGUGAUGAAGGAUCCAAAUACAUAAGUGAAAUGAAACAAUUAACAUCACUUGAUAUAUAUUACAAUGAAAUUGGUGUGGAAGGAGCCAAAUACAUAAGUGAAAUGAAACAAUUAACAUCACUUGGUAUUAGUGAUAAUCAAAUUGGUGUAGAAGGAGCCAAAUUCAUAAGUGAAAUGAAAUUAUUAACAUCACUUGAUAUUGCUGACAAUCAAAUUGGUGAUGAGGGAUCUAAAUUCAUAAGUGAAAUGAAAUCAUUAACAUCGCUUAAUGUUAAUUCCAAUCAAAUUGGUGAUGAGGGAGCCAAACUUAUAAGUGGAAUGAAACAAUUAACAUCACUUAAAAUAUAUUACAAUCAAAUUGGUGAAACUUUAUUAAUGUCUGUUAUAUCAAUAACAGCUGAGACCAAAUCUUUAGACUAA